AUGCCGCUUCUCGUUCUGCGCGUGCCGCUCGUUUCAACCAAUAAUGUAUGUACUGGCGCUGCAUCUCCUGUAGCAGCAGCAGCAGCAACAACAACAACAACAGAGCAUUCCGAUGGCCUCCUGUUCGAUGGUCUUGUUCUGGGCCAUGGUGACGACGUCAACAAUAAGGCCGAGGCGGACAACGACGACGCACCGACCGAGAAACUGGAGUGGCUGAGGUCGCAGAUCAUCGGCGCGGAAGCAGAGUUCGCGUCCCCGUUCGGCACUCGCCGCAUCACGUACGCGGACCACACGGCGUCCGGCCGCUGCCUGCGGUUCGUCGAGGAGUUCGUCACUCGGAACGUUCUGCCUUUCUAUGGAAACACUCACACGACGGACAGCUACGUGGGCCUGCACACGAGCAAGCUGGCCGGGGACGCGGCGCGGUACGUGAAGCGCAGCCUGGGCGCCGGGCCGCAGGACAUUCUGCUGUUCUGCGGCACGGGGUGCACCGCGGCCAUCAAGCGGCUGCAGGAAGUGACGGGCAUGGCCGUCCCACCCACGCUGCGCGCCGCGGUGCUGGCCGCGCUGCCGCCGUCCGACCGGUGGGUGGUCUUCGUGGGGCCCUACGAGCACCACUCGAACCUUCUCAGCUGGCGGGAGAGCCUCGCGGAGGUGGUGGAGAUCGGGCUGCGCCCCGACCCCGAGGACGGCGGCGGCGGCGUCCUGGACCUGGCCGCGCUGGAGGCGGAGCUGGCAGCGCGCGCGCCCUCGGGGCGGCCCAUGCUGGGCGCCUUCUCGGCGUGCAGCAACGUCACCGGGCUGCGCACCGACACCCGCGCCGUGGCGGCGGUCCUGCACCGCCACGGCGCCUACGCCUGCUUCGACUUCGCGUGCAGCGCGCCCUACGUGCGCGUCGACAUGCGGCCGUCGGGCGACGGCGACGCGGACGACGGCUACGACGCCGUGUUCCUGAGCGCGCACAAGUUCCUCGGCGGGCCGGGGAGCCCCGGCGUGCUGGCCAUGGCGUCGCGGCUCUACGCCCUCCGCGGCACCGCGCCGUCCACCUGCGGCGGGGGCACCGUACACUACGUCAGCGCCUACGGCGACACGGUGUACUGCGAGGACGCCGAGGAGCGCGAGGACGCCGGAACGCCGGCGAUCAUACAGAAGGUCCGGGCGGCGCUGGCGUUCCGAGUGAAGGAGUGGGUCGGGGAGGCGUGCAUCGAGGCGCAGGAGGCACGCAUGCUCGCGCUGGCUCUCCGCCGUGUCCGCGCGGGGGCCAACCCCAACCUGCGCCUGCUGCAAGGCGCGGACAACGCCGCGAGCGCGCCUCGGCUCCCGGUGCUCUCCUUCGUGGUGUACGCCCCGCGAGACCGAGACGCGACUGAGCCUCCCGAGGCCGAGGGCGGAUGGGGCAGUAGGCUGCAGCUGCACUGCCGGUUCGUGACGAAGCUUCUGAACGACCUGUUCGGUGUGCAGGCGCGCGCGGGGUGCGCGUGCGCGGGGCCAUACGCCCACCGGCUCCUCGGCAUCAGUCCGGCGCGCGCCAAAGCCAUCAGAUCUGCCGUGGACCAGGGCUACCACGGGGUGCGACCCGGGUGGACGCGCGUCAGCCUCGCCUACUACACGUCGAUGCAGGAGGCCGAGUUCGUGUUGGACGCCGUUGCCUUCGUCGCCAGCUUCGGCCACCGGUUCCUGCCGCUGUACGCCUUCGACUGGAAAACCGGAGACUGGCACUACGACCACAGCUGCGCCCGUGGACUCGUGCCAAACAACGUCGGCAAUCCCGGUGGACGAGUCAAAGCCGAGAACGGCUACCAGAGCUACAUGGCAUUCGCGCACUGCCUGGCGGAGUCCUUGGCUACCACCACUUGCAGUGGGCUCAGUAGCACUCGUGCUAGACGUAUUCCCAAGAGCGUCGACCCACAGUUAGUCUAUUUCCUCGUGUGA